AUGAAUCUUCGUCGACGCGUCGUGCUGAAUGGGAUCCUCCUAACCCUCCGCCGCACACAGGUCGUUCUAGCAGCCUCGAUCUGCACCCGUGGGGGAAAAGCAGUACUUUCACGUCAAUUCAGAGAGAUCGCACGAUCGCGUAUUGAAGCCCUCCUGGCAUCUUUUCCGAAACUCGCAGACUCGGGCACACAGCAUACUACAGUCGAGCAGGACAAUGUGCGCUUCGUCUAUCAGCCCCUGGACGAGCUAUACAUCGUGCUUAUCACCAACCGGCAAUCAAACAUCUUACAAGAUAUUGACAGUCUACACCUGUUUGCUCAAGUUACUACUAGCAUCUGCAAAAGUCUAGACGAACGUGAAAUUACACGAAAUGCCUUUGAAUUGCUCAGUGCCUUUGAUGAGUUGGUCACUCUCGGCUACCGGGAGAAUCUCUCUCUCAGUCAGAUCAAAACCUUCUUAGAGAUGGAGAGUCACGAAGAGAGGAUUCAAGAGAUUAUUGAGAGGAAUAAAGAACUCGAGGCCAGUGAGGAGAGGAAGCGGAAAGCGAAACAAUUGGAACUUCAGCGAAAAGAAGCUGCUCGCACAAGUCGUGGCAUGGCAGCUCGACCUCCUUCAUACCCCGUUUAUACUCCGCCUACCAGACCGGCCGUUACAGAUACCAUCGAUACCUACGAAGCCGAGAAGAAGAAAUCGUUUGCCAAGCCAAUACCAGUCCGCGGUAAGGGUAUGCAGCUCGGGAAGAAAUCCAAGACAACCGAUAUCUUUGAGAAAGUUCGCGAGGAUCUCGGUCCGGAAGCAGAGGAGUCGGCUCCUCUCGUUUCUCCACAAGCAGCUACACCAGUCGCGUCUGAACCUCGAGCAUCUUUGUCGGCUGACCGAGCAGCUGUGCACGUUACAGUCGCGGAGACAAUCUCUGCGAAACUGACUCGAGAAGGCGCAUUGAAAUCGUUUGAGGUCAAGGGCGAUCUACAGCUCCGAAUCUCUGACCCAGCACUCACUAAAAUCAAACUCGACUUACUCACCAACACUAGCCACGGCGCACAGUUCCGCACUCACCCUAAUGUGGACAAGGCUUUAUUCACUAACUCAAGUAUCAUUCAAUUGAAGGACACUUCUAAACGAUUCCCCACCAAUAAUUCUAUUGGUGUUCUCCGAUGGCGCGUUGCCAGCUCCGGCUCGGAGCAUGCGGAUGUUCUUCCAAUCACAUUCACCGUCUGGGUCAAUAAAGGAUCAGACUCGACCACAGUCACGGUGGAAUAUGAGCUUACUGGUACGGAUAGCUUGCGGGAUGUCUCUGUGACAAUGCCAUAUGGUGCCACAGAACCAUCAGUUACUAGCUUUGAUGCUGUUUACGAAGUUGCCGGUGACAGUCUCGAAUGGAACAUUGGCUCCAUCGACACGAGCAAUGCUUCAGGCAGCUUCGAAUAUGAAGUUGUCGACCCCGAUGCCGAUGAGAAUGAGUUCUUCCCAAUGAGCGUUCACUUCUCCAAGACAGGUCCUUUCGUUGAGGUAGACGUCUCUAGCGUCUCCCUUCUUGAUAUGGAUCAGGAAGUCAAUUUUGCGAAAGAUGUGAAGAGCGUUUCCGAAGGAUUUAUAAUUGAGUAA